AUGUCUCUACGACGAUUGACAACACCCGAGAGACCUCAACGAAAUAAGUGGAAUAGUUCAAAGCUUCCUCCUGAUAUUGAAAUACAAGUCCACUUGGAAGGCCAUUGCCCUGGCAGUAUUCACCGUAGUAUCGCAGAAUAUAAGGGUGAUGAUGACCAAGCCGCUCAUAGAUGCGUUUCUUUGUCGGUGGAUGAUCGAAAGUCUCCUUGA